AUGAACACCUCAACCACUCACCUCAACGACACCACCUCCAGUGUGGACGAGGCCAUGCGACAGAUCGCCAUAGCGACCAACGUCAUCAUCCUUGUCUUGGGUGUGUUUGGCAACGGGCUGGUGGUGUGGGUGACAGCCAUGAGGAAGAAGCGUUACAAUUUUACUUCCACCUGCUAUCUCAACCUGGCCAUGGCAGACCUUCUCUUCUCUUUAGGCCGCAUCCCCGCCCUGGUGCAGGAGAUCAUGUACAGCCGCUGGCCCUUUGGCAAUCCCUUAUGCAAACUGCAUGCCUUUGCACGCUACCUCACGGUCUUCGCUGGGGUCUUCAUCCUUACUCUCAUCAGUGUGGACCGCUGCUUGCUGGUAGCACAACCUGUCUGGACCCGAAACCACCGAGGGCCCCGCUUUCAGGCCCUGAUGUGUGUCGGCGCUUGGAUCUUAGCUUUGGCCUUCAGUGCCCCCUAUCUGGUGGUCCGGGAAGUUACCCUCAAAGAUGGAGCAAUGUAUUGCGGCUAUCGGAAAGAUCUCAGGAUUUCCACAGAGCUGCCCCUUAGGCUAAGCAGGUUCUUUGGGGGGUUCCUGGUACCCUUCAUCAUUAUUCUCUCAGCCUACUUGGUUCUGGUUUUUAAGCUUCGCAGACGGCGCUGGGAAGGGUCUCACCGAACCUUCACUCUGGUGGCCACCAUUGUGGUGCUGUUCUUCAUCUGUUGGCUUCCCCAUCAUGUUGUCGCACUUAUCAGCACCAUAGGGGGCUCGAAGGAGGCCUGGGGCAUUCCACUCAAGCUGUCAAAUGCUCUGGCCUACCUCCACAGCUGUAUCAACCCUGUGAUCUACGUCUUGGUGGGUUAUAUCAGGAUCCGAAGCCUCCACCGCCGGGCCUCCUUCCUCGGACUGUUCCGCAAGGCUCUAACUGAAGAGGACGAAAACUCCACAGGGGCUGAGGUGACGCGAAGCCUGAAUCAGAAGACCAAAGAGCAGUUAGAUACACCCAUUCUUGUCUCACCGGGGAAGCCUAGUAAGCAAGGCUCCUAG